UGAAUUUCCCCGGUGUUUACAACUGGUCACAUGCUCGCUCUUCGACGAACAGCCUUUUUAAAGGGAAUUCUUGGAAUAGUGGUUUGUCCGGCUGAACAAAUUAUGGGAUGCAGUUCAUAUUUUCUUUGAGAUCUCAUUGAAUGGAUUUAGUUGGAAACUAAGGAAUUAACUACCAAGAUUUGAGAACUCAAGGUCUUCGCCCUUUACUGGAGUGUGCCCUGCUGGAAUUGUGUAAACCAAACUCUGUCUCAGACAGGGGAAAUGUCAAGUACAGCCAUGAAGAAAAAGGUGCUGCUGAUGGGAAAGAGUGGGUCGGGGAAGACCAGCAUGAGGUCAAUCAUUUUUGCCAAUUAUAUUGCCAGAGACACUCGCCGACUGGGAGCCACAAUUGACGUGGAGCAUUCCCAUGUGCGUUUCCUUGGCAAUCUGGUACUGAACCUGUGGGACUGUGGAGGACAGGACACCUUCAUGGAGAACUAUUUCACCAGUCAGAGAGAUAAUAUCUUUCGCAACGUGGAGGUGCUGAUCUAUGUGUUUGAUGUGGAGAGCCGAGAAUUGGAGAAAGACAUGCAUUACUACCAGUCCUGUUUGGAAGCUAUCCUUCAGAAUUCACCUGAUGCCAAGGUGUUCUGUCUAGUUCACAAAAUGGACCUAGUUCAGGAAGAUCAAAGAGAUCUGAUCUUUAAAGAGCGUGAGGAGGACCUGAAAAGACUGUCUCGCCCUCUUGCGUGCACCUGUUUCAGAACUUCUAUUUGGGAUGAGACACUUUAUAAGGCAUGGUCCAGCAUUGUCUAUCAGCUGAUCCCCAAUGUGCAGCAGCUGGAGUCCAACUUGCGCAACUUCGCCCAGAUCAUUGAGGCAGAUGAGGUCCUGCUUUUUGAACGAGCUACCUUCUUAGUAAUCUCACACUAUCAGUGCAAGGAGCAGCGAGAUGCCCAUCGCUUUGAGAAGAUAAGCAACAUUAUUAAACAGUUCAAAUUGAGCUGCAGUAAACUGGCUGCCUCUUUCCAGAGCAUGGAAGUGCGCAACUCCAACUUUGCUGCCUUCAUUGAUGUGUUCACAUCCAAUACCUAUGUCAUGGUGAUCAUGUCUGACCCUUCUAUACCAUCUGCGGCCACCCUCAUCAAUAUUCGCAAUGCUAGGAAGCAUUUUGAGAAGCUGGAGAGAGUGGAUGGUCCCAAGCACAGCUUACAUAUGCGAAUGCGCUAGACAUCUAACCCUGCGUACAUGAGAGCCUCCUUAGCAGGGGGCGUGUGCGCCAAGGAAAUGGCACCCUGAGGAACUCAUCUUUGAUGACCUCACUGCAUCCAGGGUGUUUUUCUAGAGACUUUUUCAGCCCAUGAUAAGAUGAGAGGCUUUGUCCUGCCUUUUGUUCCUGGAACUCUUGAAAUAAGGCAGGUUGGAGUUCAAGGACAACUGGGCAUAAAUACAAAAUGGGGGUUAAGUGGGAUUUGACUCGUAAAGAUAUAUAUAUAUAUAUAUAUAUAUAUAUAUAUAUAUAUAUAUAUAUAUAAAUAAAUACACACACAUGCAGAUCAUUGCACAAGAAUGCAUAGUUAAAUAUACCACUAUGACAUGAUUGGUGCCAUACAAUGACCUGAGUUAUCCAAACCUCCACACACAUUAAAUAGUGGACAUAUCCAUCAUGAUUAUUUCCUGUUUUACCAUGGGCUUGUAUGGUUUCGCAUUGUUUUAGUGUGUUGCCGCUUUGCCACAAUAGAGUCUCAUGCAGAAUGUUGAAAAUAAGACAACAGUGACACGAGUCUAAGGAGAAAGUCAAGACUAUACUGUCAAAGUAGUCAAGAGCCUUCUCAAAUUAAGCACAUUGUCAAAGUUACUUUUAUACACAAGCUGUUUGUAUUUCCCUAUUUAUUAUUUUGGUGAUGGUAAAAGUAAUAAAAUCAAAGAUAUGGAUGUACUCAAAUUAAACUUAAAUGCUCUCGAUUA